GUGUGGCAAAGCGUCAAUCCCACUGGGAAGGGAAAAGAGAAACCAUUUGAACUUGAACAUUUGGAGUUUCCAGGGGCGUGCAGACCAUUGGGGCAUAGAAGGCAUCUCGAAAAGAGGCACAGAGACCGUGAAGUCUGCAACACGGCUGCUCAUCAGCUUCCAGCAUUCCCAGCCAUCGAAGUCCACAGUGGAGUGGCUGCUCCCUGGGCACCUGUGAAGAUUCAGGAGGAACCCACGGUCACGCUUUAUGCCUUUCAAGUCAUUCCAUCUGGAAAGAUGAACAGAAUGAGAAAUGUGUGUGUGUGUGCCAUAGAAGUUGUUAGUUCAUACGUUCAAAUGCCUUGGCAUUUAUUAGUUUUGAGUAAAAACAACGUUACCUUUCAUCUCAUCGAUAAUUCUUUGUAUACACACACACCAGGAGCGUCAAGUGUGGGGAUGCUGUUUGACAUAUUGUCCAGUCGUCAGGCCAUGAUAAUCGACAGUUGGCUAAAAUUAAUUUGGUAUCAAAUAUUGGACAAGAAACCAGGUAGCUGUAUGGCCAUACAAGAGCAGUGAGUAGUUACAGCUCGAUUCCCAGGACCCAUUAACCUCACCAGAGGAAUUCCAGUAGCCUAAAUUUCCAGUAGCGUGAAAAUAACCUCUUUUAGCCGUUAGUCCUGGAAACUACUGGUUUUGUUAUACAUUAUUGUAUUUAUAUAUACAUAUAUAUGUGUGUGUAUGUAUGUAUAUGCAUGUGCUUUAAAAUUUAAAGAUAGCCUAUAAUCCUUCCUGCUGAAGCAAAAGAGUCGCUAUGAGUCUGAGGCCAGCCUGGGUUACAGAGUGAUACUUUGUCUCAAAAAUAAAUAAAUAAAUGAAAUUUAAAAUCAGUAAAAAUAAAUAAGUAAAUUUUAGUCAGGGCUGGAAAAGUGGCUCAGCAGAUAAAGUGCUUGCUGAGUUUGAGUCCCCAGGACCCAUGUAAAGUGGGGUGCAAUAGUGCACAUCUGUGACUCUCUGGAAGCUCACAGGCUAACCAGCCUAGUAUACACAGUGAUGAAUGACAGAAAUAUCAUGGCUCAAAAUAAGGUGGAGGGUGAGGACCAACACCUGAGGGUGUCCUCUGACCUGUACACUUAUCCUGUGGCAUGUGUGUGCCUGCAGUAUCUCUCUCUCUCACAGUCACAUGCAUAUGCAUCAUGCACAUGCAGUCACAUACUUAGGCACCAAACACAUAUGCAUCACACACACACACACAUACACACACAAUUGUAAGUGUACAAAUGAACAGUUUAAUUGCAUGUGCCCCUGUCAACCUUCAUCGCCAUCUCUUUCUCCUAAACUAGCCACUGUCUAUAGUCUGUGUACUUCUGAAAAAUACAAAAGCCUAAUUAUAAUCUCAGCAUUCAAUAGGCAGUAGCAGGAGGAUGGGGUUCAAGGCCAGCUUGGGUUAUAUGACACCUUCUCAAAACCAGAAAACAAACAAACCCAAGUAACUCCAGAUAAGUGAAGUGUUGUACACUUGUAAUUUCAGCACUCUAGAGUCAGAGGCAGGAGAUUGCCAUGGUUCAAGGCCAGCCUAGCCCACUUAAGCAAAGAUCUAACCUCAAAAUAACAAAACAAAACAAAAAUUAAUUUAUGUACCCCAGAAUGUUUAUCUGUUCUCUUAAUUAUACAUAAAUUAGGUAAUGGUGACCAAUCAAAUAUUACUUGUCUUUCCACCUGUCUAGCUGAAUAUAUAAUUGGCAAAUAAACCCAGGUAUGGUGCUGGGUAUGUGUGUUUAUCUCAGCAUGUAGGGGUCUGAUAUAGGAGGAUUGCCUCUAGCUCAAGGCCAGCCUAGACUACAUUGUGAGUUCUAGGCCAGACUCAUCUUAGAAAGCAACAAUAAUAACAGUAAAUUGAUAAAAAAAAUAUAUAUAUAUAGUAUACAGUAUAAUAUUUUAUAUUUGUAUAUCUUAUUAAGUAAAUCAAGCUAAUAUAUCUAUUACCUUAUAUAUUUGUAGUUGUUCGUUGCGAUAAGCACGUUUAAGGUCUCUUAGUUUUCAAGUGUAUAUGGUCACCAUCAGUACUGCAGAUCUACAGAACUUACAUAUCCUGUCCAAGUGGAACUGUGUGCCCUUUGACCAGCUUCUCCCCAUUGCCUUAUGGGCAUUUCUCAUUUAAUAAUAUGUUAUGAAUACUCUUUCCUGCUACUACACAGAUCAUUCUAAAUUUAAAAGCUAUUUAUUAUUCUGUUUAAUCAUAAUUGGGGGGGUUGCUAAAAAUUAAACCUUGAGCCCCAUGCAUGUUAGGCAAGUUGUCUACAUCCUAUAGCUGAGCCACAUCCUCGAGCUACACCCCCAUCCCCACUAAACAUUUUUUUUUUUUUUUUUUUGGUUUUUCGAGACAGGGUUUCUCUGUGUAGCCCUGGCUGUCCUGGAACUCACUUUGUAGACCAGGCUGGCCUCGAACUCAGUAAUCCACCUGCCUCUGCCUCCUGGUGCUGGGAUUAAAGGCAUGUGCCACUAUGCCCGGCACCCCACUAAACAUUUUGUUAUUGUUCUAUGAGUGUGAUGCCUGUGCCUGCAGAUGCAAGCGUGCCGUGCCAUAGCAUGCACAUGGAGGCCGGUGGACAACUUCGGGGAGUCAGCUCUGUCCUUCCACCAUGGGUUCCAAGAACCAAACUCAGGUCAUCAGGUUUGCACAGAAUCGGACAAUGUCUCUGUAUUGUAGAACAUUUUUCAGGAGGAAAUCUUUUGGGUGCUAUAGGCUGCUGUCAACCUAUGUCACUAAGGCACGAUACUUAUUUGAAUUGAAGGAAGAUGAAGAGGCCUGCAGGAAGGCUCAGAAGACAGGAGUGUUUUACCUCUUUCAUGACCUGGAUCCUUUGCUCCAGGCGUCAGGACAUCGAUACCUGGUGCCCCGGCUUAGCCGAGCAGAGUUGGAAGGGCUGCUGGGUAAGUUCGGACAGGAUUCGCAAAGAAUUGAAGAUUCGGUGCUGGUUGGGUGCUCCGAGCAGCAGGAAGCAUGGUUUGCUUUGGAUCUAGGUCUGAAGAGUGCCUCCUCCAGCCGUGCCUCCUUGCCGAAAUCUGAAAUGGAAGCAGAGCUGGGAGGUUCUUUCAUCAAGCUGAGGCAGGCUCUUUUCCAGCUGAACUCGGUGGACUCCUCCUUGCUGUUCACGGCUCAGGCUCUUCUCCGCUGGCAUGACGGUCAUCAGUUCUGCAGCAAAAGUGGGCAGCCCACCCAGAAGAACGUGGCGGGCAGCAAGCGAGUGUGUCCCUCCAGUAAAAUCAUCUAUUAUCCACAGAUGGCGCCCGUAGUGAUCACACUGGUGUCAGAUGGGGCCCGCUGCCUACUUGCCCGCCAGAGUUCCUUUCCCAAGGGGUUAUAUUCUGCCCUGGCAGGUUUCUGUGACAUAGGUGAAAGUGUGGAAGAAACUGUCCAUCGAGAAGUUGCGGAAGAGGUGGGCCUGGAAGUGGAAAACAUACAGUACUCUGCGUCCCAGCACUGGCCCUUUCCCAAUAGCUCACUCAUGAUCGCUUGUCACGCAACCGUGAAACCAGGACACACAGAGAUUCAGGUGAACUUGAAGGAACUAGAGGCAGCCGCCUGGUUCAGUCUUGAUGAGGUGACCACAGCCCUGAGGAGAAAGGGCUCCUUGGCUCUGCAGCCGAGUGAGGCUUCCCCACUGUUGCUGCCUCCCAAGUUAGCCAUUGCCCACCACUUGAUUAAGAAGUGGGUGGAGACGCGGAGCUGUUCUUCCCUGGCUGCUUAGCUCAAAUGGAGCCGUCUGGAUCCCUCCUGGGCAUUGCUGCAGGGCACUCUGGAGAUGACCUGCGAAGGGAGGUGACAAAGCCUUCCCGGGCAGAGGCUCUCUGAGAAGUUCCACUGCCUAAAGCCUUCUAAUGCUCCACCAAAAAUGUUGGUGUGAACUGGAUAGAGCAGCUUGUACCUGUACUUGUCCCAGCUACCAUGGAGGCGGAGGCAGAGGCGAGAGCGUCACUUUUGCCCAGGACAACGGGGGCAACAUAUUAGACACCGUCACUUAAAAAGAAAAUAAAAACUGUAAGGAGAAGAGUUGACUGAUGAGAUGCUAACAGUGCAAAGCUGAGGGGAGGUUGCUGAUUGGCUUGAGUGUAGCCCAAGGCUGUAGGAACAAACAUCCUCUGGCCUGGACUGGCUGAUGUUGGAUUUAUAGGAACUGCCAAAUGUGCCAGGGUGAUUUAUCUUACUGCCAAAAUAUUAACAGUUCUCAACUCACAUUUGAGUUGCUUCUGUCCUCACAGAAAAAUAACAUUUUAUAUGCUUUCGAAUUCGUGUGAAGGUAUAUUUUUUAUGUUAUUAUUAUUUGCAUAAGUAUUUGCCUGUGUGUAUGUCUCUGCACAACAUGCAUGCCUAGUUCCUGUGGAGGCCAAAAGAGGGUGUGGGUCCCUGGAACUGAAGCUAGACUUUGGUGAGCUGCCAAAUGGGUGCUGGGAAUCAAGCCUGGGUCUUCCAGAUGAGCAGCACCGAGCCAUCUCUCCAACACCUACAGACACGCACUCCCGUGUGUGGCAGUCAAAGGUUGACUUUUUAGUAGCCGUUGUUGCUGCAGAUCAAACCUAGGGCUUCCUGCUUGAUAGAGACAUGCUCUACCAUGGAGGCGCAUCCUCAGCGCAAAAGUUAGGGUUCUGUUUUUGUUUUUAAGCUCUGAAGGGAUGAGGGAAGUGGGAGCAUAGGUCUUCCUUGGAGUAUUCUGCAGGCGACCAGAGGUGGCGUUCUUUUGAAGUAGCUAAAUCCCAGAAGGGUGCAAGAUAAUUUAUGAUUUAUACUGUCUUUCCUUCUCUUGCUCACUCAGUUUGUGACCUAGGGAAAAAGACUAAACAUGAAACACACACACACACUGAGGGCGCUGCUUCAAUGAGGAAUUAGUGAGGAUAGGCAAGCACUAAGCCUGAAGCCUGAAGCCUGAGUCGGGAUUCCUUCCCACAAAUAUGACCCUGCACCCCCUUCCCUUCCCAUUGUACUAGAUGCAGACCUCAUGCAUCUAGGCCAGCCUGUCACUGACCUGUAUCCUAGACCCGUGUCAUCUGUACCUUGCCACUGUAAGGGAGAAGUUUCUCUGGAGGAAUUAAAUUUCAAUGCCUUUAUUCAGA